AAGUCUUUAUCCUUUCGUACCUACAACCAGCACAGCAUUCCAUUGCAUCUCCAGCUUUCGACUCAGCCCGGAUUCAGCAUUUUCUACUCUACAGCAUCUCUGGCCUCCAAUGGCUGAAUCAUCAGAGAAGGACUCGUCCCUGCUGCGGAAUCGCGUCGUCGAUUCCAUCAGCAGGAGGGCCGAGAAUGUCAUCAAGCACGACUAUGACAAAGCCAAGGUCAUGGCCUCUGAUGCCGUCCAGAGCCAGGCAUAUCUCUAUCCCAUCAAGGGAAUCUUCUACUUCCUCAACCAUCGGAGCUUGUGGAAGCCGCUGCUUGACCGUGUCCUUCCCUAUGGCAUCCUCAGUGUCUCCGUAAUUGGCACCAUGUUUGCCGUUGCGUAUCUGCCGCAGCUGGCUGUUCUCGUGCUCUUCAAUGGCCCGUUGGCAGUCCUCUCCACAGUACUCCUCACGCUCAACGAAAGUGCCAUGAUCAUCCACCUGAUCUCCCGCAACUGGCUGCUCCAAGAUGCACUCCUAGAUACCUUUGAUGGCACGCUGGUUGCGCGAAACGCAACCGCCGUCGUUCAGCAAGGCCGCGAGGUGCGCCCAGGAAGCGAUCCGAUCAAGAAGCUGGGCAAGGUAUUCAAGAAGCGAUUCGAGAGUAUUAGUCUCACUUCAAUGAUCCGGAGUCUGAUGUACCUGCCUUUGAACUUUAUCCCUGUCGUGGGCACCCUUACUUUUAUCUUCCUCAACGGUAAACAGAGAGGCAAGGUUGUGCAUAAUCGAUACUUUCAACUCAAGAGCUGGUCCGAGCCACAGAAGACACAGUGGCUCAAGAGUCACAGUGGAGCUUAUGCAUCCUUCGGCCUCGUCGCAACCCUUCUUGAGAUGAUUCCCGUGGUGUCCGUCUUCUUCUCUUACACAAAUACCGUUGGUGCUGCCCUUUGGGCUGCUGAUAUCGAACAUCAAAACAAUGCCAUGGUCAAAGAGACUGCCCCUAACCUGAGGCAGGCUGCUGAGAGCGCCGAGUGAACUUUCGGGCUCACCGUCAACCGGAGAGCGUUUUCUUUGUCAAACAGAAUGCAAGAGCAGUCUUGUAUCGUGAUACAAGCAGCAGUCAUUGCAAUGUUUGCUGCCGGGAUAUCCACCGCUGCAUCCAUUGGGGCGACCGCCUACCGGACACGGCAGGAUCGUCUACUUAUGGAUUUCCAACAAGCACUCGUACUCCGUGCAGGCGACUCGAGAUGCUUGGAAUCACAAACAGCCUGACGCAGCCCAACUGUUUACACUGGUGGAGGCGCCUCGCAAACUAG